UACUGAAUCGGUCUCGAUCAAAAAUCCUUUUUUGUGUUCAUCCCCUCGACUGUUUCGCGUUUUCGAUUUCUUCUUGGCAAAUACAAUAUCUCCGGUCCGGUGGAAGUUGGAAGAAAAUGGCUAAUGAAGAUUUCAUAUACAGAAUCAGUACGGAGCAAGAGUGGCAAGAGUUCCAGAAAAACGGAUCUUCUUUUGGUGGUGAGCUCGAUAAGUCAACUGGUUGCUUUCAUCUCAGCAAACUCCAUCAGGUGCAAAUGACAUUGCAGAACUUCUUCUUGAACGCUAAGGAGGAUCUUUACCUUCUUCAAAUCGAUCCUAAGAAGCUUGGAGAUGGAUUGAUCUAUGAAGCAGUGGAUGAUGUGAAUAGCUUCCCUCACUUCUACGGUCCAGACAGAAGCUUUGCUCCACUUCCUCUAGAUUCUGUCGUCAAAGCUGAGAAGCUAACAUUCACCAACGGCAACUUCACCUGCAGCUUCUUCACUUGAUGUAUCUAUCCCUUCCUAUAUAAUAAUCACUUCACUGUGGUUUUUAUGUAUUGCAUUUUUCACUUGAUGAUUAAACAGAGAGAAUUGUUAUUAUAUAAUUAACUAGCUCUCGCAUUGUUCA